AUGGCUGAUAAUAAAUUAUAUGAGAUUUUGGGAGUUUCGAGAAGUUCAAGUGAUUCUGAAAUAAGGAGAAACUACCACAAACUAGCGAAAGAAUUUCAUCCUGACAAAAAUCCUGCCGCAGGUGAUAAAUUCAAAGAAAUAAGCUACGCGUAUGAAGUAUUGUCGGAUUCAAAGAAAAGACAAAUUUAUGAUAAAUUUGGGCUGAAAGGUCUGCAAGAGGGUGGUCAAGGUGGUGGAUUCCCCCCUGAUGAUCUUUUUGGACACUUCUUCGGCGACAUAUUUGGCAUGGGAGGUGGCAGCAGAGCGCGAGGCCCCACUCGCGGGGAAGACACGAUGCAUCCUCUCAAUGUGACGUUAGAGGACUUGUAUAUGGGUAAAACGACCAAGUUACAGUUAAGUAAAAACGUAAUUUGCGGACCUUGUAAAGGUUUAGGUGGCAAGCCUGGGUCAGUUGUGACAUGUAAAGAUUGUCAUGGUCAGGGUAUAAAAGUGUCUUAUCAACAGAUUGCACCCCAUAUGACCCGUCAAUUCCAAUCACGUUGUCCUACUUGCCAUGGUCAAGGUGAAACAAUCAAUGAAAAAGAUAAAUGCCCAAAAUGUAAAGGUAAGAAAGUUGUAAAUGAAACUAAAAUUUUGGAGGUGCACAUCGACAAAGGAAUGCGACACCAACAGAACAUUCAUUUUAAAGGAGAGGGUGACCAGCAGCCUGACACUCAACCUGGAGAUGUAAUUAUUGUGUUGCAGCAAAAGCCUCAUGAUGUAUUCCAACGGACUGACGAUGACCUAUUAAUGGUGCAUGAAAUCUCUCUAACUGAAGCAUUGUGUGGUUUUGAGUUUAUUGUUAAACAUUUAGAUGGUCGAGAUUUACUUGUGAGACACCCUCCUGGUGAGGUAAUUAAGCCUGGAGAUCUUAAGGGCAUUUUGGGUGAAGGUAUGCCCCAGUACAAAAACCCAUUUGAGAAAGGCAAUUUGUAUAUAAAAUUUGAUGUGGUUUUUCCGGAAAACAACUUUGCUACUGAAGAGCAGAUGAAACAAAUUGAAUCUGCUCUGCCUCCCCGCCCAGCAUUUGUUAUGCCAACUGGAGAGGAUGUAGAAGAAGUCAACUUGACAGAGUGCACUGGAAAUGAGGGUGGUAAGGGUCGGCAGGAAGCUUAUGCUAGUGACGAUGAAGAACACAUGCACGCUGGCCCUGGUGUGCAAUGUGCUCAUCAAUAG